GCGCCCAGCGGGGACGAAGCGGCCGCGGCCGAGGCCAAGGAGGAGGAGGCGCAGGCGGGUGAGGAAGAGGAAGAGAAGGCGAAGGCGGGCGGCGCCGAGGCCGAGCGGCGCGGGGUGAAACGGCUCCGGGACGAGAAGGACGAGCACGGCCGCGCCUACCACGAGUUCCGUGAGGAGGCCUACAACAGCCGAUCCAAAUCGCCGCCGCCGCCGGAGGAGGAACCGCCCGAGGGGGAAGAGGACGAGAGCCUCGUCAUCCUCGACACCUACACGUCGGACCUGCAGUUCCGGGCCAGCCGGGACCGUUACGGGGGCCAGCCGCUCUUCUCCGAGAGAUUCCCGGGACUCUGGGCCGGAGCCCGCAGCACCCACGGCGUCACCCGGGGCAGGGUGUGCUUCCAGGCCAGGGUGUCGCAGAUCCUGCCCGGGAAGGAGGGCAGCUCCGAGGUGCCGCUGCUGCGCGUGGGCUGGUCCGUGGAUUUCUCCCACUCCCAGCUGGGCGAGGAUGAGUUUUCCUACGGCUUCGACGGGCGGGGGCUGAAGGUGGAGAACGGGAAAUUCCAGGAAUUCGGGGAAAGCUUCGGAGAGAGCGACGUCAUCGGCUGCUUCGCGGAUUUCGAGGACCCCUCGCUGGUGUCGCUGUCGUUCUCCAAGAACGGCCGGGACCUGGGCGCGGCGUUCCGGGUGCGCAAGGAUUCGCUGCGGGAGCGGGCGCUGCUGCCCCACGUGCUCUGCAAGGGCUGCGCCGUCGAGCUCAACUUCGGGCAGCGGCCGGAGCCGCUGGCGCCGGUUCCCGACGGCUUCCUCUUCAUCCAUCACAUCCCGGCGCCCGACAGGGUGCGGACACCGCCCGGGCCCAAGAGCACCGAGGAGUGCGAGGUGCUGCUCAUGGUGGGGCUCCCGGGCUCCGGGAAGACUCAGUGGGCACAGAAACAUUCCCAGGAAAAUCGGGAGAAACGCUACAACAUCCUGGGCACCGAGCGCGUCCUGCACCAGCUGACGACGCGGGGGCCGGAGCCGGAGGAGUUGGAUGCCAAGAGCCGGGAGCUGCUGACUCAGCAGGCGGCGCAGUGCCUUAGCAAGCUGGUGCAGAUCGCCCCCCGCGCCCGCCGCAACUUCAUCCUCGACCAGGUAUCCCGGGAAAAACAUCGGGAAUGGCGGGAAAAGGAGCGGGGAUGGCGGGAAAAAAUAGCGGGAAUGGCGGGAAAGAAUAGCCGGGAAUGGCGGGAAAAAAUAGCCGGGAAUGGCGGGAAAAAAUAGCCGGGAAUGGCGGGAAAAAAUAGCCGGGAAUG